UUGGAGAGUCAAGCCACAUAUCAUACCUCCUCCUGAAUACACCUGUUGUAUUCGGCGCACGUGACAAACUUUGAUUUGAGAAAUCCAAACGUUCCCAGGAGGAGGUAUGAUAUGUGGUUUGAAUCUCCAAUGUAUUUCUCUCACUACUACAAUGUUUUCACUCCAUUCAUUCAAUAUGGAGAUACAUUUACAGCACCAGUCAAACGUUUGGACACCUACUCAUUCCAGUGUUCUUUAUUUUUACUCCUUUCUACAUUUCUACAUUGUAGAAUAAUAGUCAAGAUAUCAAAACUAUGAAAUAACACACAUGGAAUCAAGUUGCAACCAAAAAGUGUUAAACCAAUCAAAAUACAAAGUACAAGAACUUCACAAGACCCUCACCGUAUGUCCUCCAUCAAAGUCUCCAAAAUAAUUGAAGGGCGUGUCUUGUUCAUGAAAAACUGUUGUAGAAUAUCAACAUUUUCUCUGCCUACUCAGAACCUGAAUAACUACUGCAGUCAAAUCGGUGACGACAGGCCUAAAUCCUUUUCCAAUUUAGCCCAAACUCCAAAAUGCUUGUGACUGCCGCUUGGUGAGUCCCUCAGUCUCCUCUCGUUGCACUGCACAGACAGGAAUGGUAUUGAUGGUGUUUUAUAUCCAUUUAGCCAUCAAAUAAGUAUUUGUUAGAAGAAUUGUCCUUGUCGUCCUGACUUGUUUUUUGUUCUCUCUAGGAGUGGCCUGUGUAAACUGUGGAAUGUUCGACUGCACCCUUAUCUGUACUCUUCGGGGCCAGAACACCUACGUGGGGGCCAUCUGUUUCCAUCCUCAGGCCACAACACCUACGUGGGGGCCAUCUGUUUCCAUCCUCAGGCCACAACACCUACGUGGGGGCCAUCUGUUUCCAUCCUCAGGCCACAACACCUACGUGGGGGCCAUCUGUUUCCAUCCUCAGGCCACAACACCUACGUGGGGGCCAUCUGUUUCCAUCCUCAGGCCACAACACCUACGUGGGGGCCAUCUGUUUCCCUCCUCAGGCCACAACACCUACGUGGGGGCCAUCUGUUUCCCUCCUCAGGCCACAACACCUACGUGGGGCCAUCUGUUUCCCUCCUCAGGCCACAACACCUACGUGGGGGCCAUCUGUUUCCCUCCUCAGGCCACAACACCUACGUGGGGGCCAUCUGUUUCCCUCCUCAGGCCACAACACCUACGUGGGGGCCAUCUGUUUCCCUCCUCAGGCCACAACACCUACGUGGGGGCCAUCUGUUUCCCUCCUCAGGCCACAACACCUACGUGGGGGCCAUCUGUUUCCCUCCUCAGGCCACAACACCUACGUGGGGGCCAUCUGUUUCCCUCCUCAGGCCACAACACCUACGUGGGGGCCAUCUGUUUCCCUCCUCAGGCCACACUGACUACGGAGGACUCUGAUGUUAACAUAGCCUCCUGUGCUGCCAAUGGCACCGUCAAACUCUGGAGUCAGUACAGGUCUGCUCUGGUUGAUAUGUACUGUGUGUCUUUCUCUGUCUCUCAAAUGAGGGAAACUACCUCAAGUUUGAUCAAAUAUGAUUCAGGAGGAGAGGGGUUGAGAAAAGCAGUGUUUUUUUAUGUUCACAGUUAUCAUAAACAGUAGCAAACUGUAAGCUGGCGAAAUGAAUGGUGGCGAUUUAAAGGCAUGUUGUGUUGUAACCAUGGUAACCCAUCUCUCUUUGUAGUGAUGAGCCUGUCGCUGACAUCGAGGGCCACUCCCGAGGGUAGCACGAGUAGCCUGGCACCCCUGUGGACGCUUCCUGGGCACCACCUGCUGGGCCCAGGAGGACAUCCUGCACCAGGAGGGACACAGUAAAGGAGUCCACGACCUGCACUUCCACCCUGACGACUCUGUGGUAGGCACUGGCCAAUGACAGUCACUUCCUCCUGACCGGGGCCUGUGACAACACAGCCAAGGUGUGGACCCACCAGGGCGGGCCACGAGGGCAAGGUGAUGGGUGUGGACAUGUCCCCUGACGGUCAACUCAUCGCCACCUGCUCCUACGACCUGCACCUUCAAACUCUGGAUGUCAGAGUGAGCAGGGGAGGGAGUAUCACCCAUAGAAAGAGAAUGGCAUUCUAUGGUAAUACCGAACUGUCAUCCCAUACAAAUAGAAGAUCAUAAAAUAUUAGCAUUUUCACGAUUGAUGGAUGAGUCUUUGAACAUCCUAAAUAUUCUGAAUUGUACACUUGUCUGAUUUACAUUUAGUAGAUGGUUAAAUUAUUAUUGAACAACAACGUUAGUCUCUUGAUGUCUACAACUUUGAAGCUGUCCUUUCUCCCAGAUAAUUUGUUCAAUAAUAUGUUUUAGGUGAUUUGUAAACAUGAGUCAGUUGGUGUAAGAAGUUAAUCCUUUCGUCUAGUUUUUAAUAAAAACAAUA